ACUUGUAGUGAGCUCUAGGCAGCUGACCAGCUCUGCCGUCUUCUUUAUCUUGUCUCUCUCUGAGCCAAAGGAGUGUGUGCGCGUGUGUGUGUGUAUAUGUGAACAAGUGUGUGUGGAAAUAAAAACACACCCUGCUAUUCGCACCAUUGCUGUUACUCAGCCUUUCUGACAUUGGGCUCUUUUUGGGAAUUGAAUUCAUCUGCCGUCGCACUGGAUUUAUCCUACGGACUGACUUUAUUCUUUUGAGGAUAUUGUUUUUGAUUUUUCCCUUUUUGAAAAUAUUGAUUUGGAAGGUAUGACGUUCAGCAUGUGAGAGGGAAUGGGCGUCUACACAUCGGGCACAGGUUUGUGAAACAAGCCAGGGAGGCAGAGUGCUUAUAGCAGCACAGGAGAUUCUGCUUUCAAGCCACGAGGCUGGAUAUUUUUAUUCAUGCUCUUGCCGGGAGUGAGACUACAAGAUUCGGGCCUGACUUUAGAGCCUGACUUCAGAACCGAGCCGCCCUGGAUUUGAGCCCACCGUACUGCAGACGGACAGUGGCCUUAACGCCAUGACCAGUCUGCUUCGGGAGAGACAGGAGCAAUUCACUUCUCAAAGAGGACUCACAAAAGAGUCUAAUUAGGAAUCAGCUUAAAAAAGGAUUCUGCCCUUUUUUAUUUGCCUUAUUUUUGUUUUAUUCCUUUCUUUUGUGAUUACACUCACUGAAACUGCAUGUCUGCACUGAGAAGGCUGCCUGAGGUCUGGCUGGAAGCAGAGCUACUUGCUUUAUAGGUUUAUCUACCAUGGCAAAGCCUUUGAUUGCAUGAACUGUGGAUGCUGCAAUACAAGACAGGAGGUCACCGGUACAAACAAGGAUCAGUUCAGCAAAUACCAGCCUGGUCAGGAUAUAACCAAAGAGACCCCUUUGACAAGACGGACAAACAUCUCUUGAAAGAAUAGAAGGAAGGGUUUAAAGCCUCAUUGGAUUUUGGGUGGCUGCAGAGGAUUAGCUGGCAUUUCUAAAUCAGGGCAACAACUGCAAAGCGGACAUUAGCAAUGGCAAGCAAUUACAUGUCCUUCUUCAUCUUCUUCAUCCGAGCUGGGCUUUUGCUUGGCCUGGCCAAUCCAUUGAUGACCUCAGCCUCCUGUCCCUCUCAGUGCCGGUGUGAUGGGACUUUCAUAUAUUGCAAUGACCGGGACUUGACUUCCAUCCCUUCAGGUAUCCCAGAGGAUGCUACAGUACUUUUUCUCCAAAACAACCGCAUCAAAAGUGCAGGGAUUCCUACAGAUCUACGAAGGCUAAACGGUGUUGAAAAGAUUUACCUAUACUGCAACAACCUGGAUGAGUUCCCCACCAAUUUGCCGCUUAAUGUCAAGGAACUUCAUUUACAGGAGAACAAUAUACGGACUAUCACCCAUGCCUCACUGGCACAGAUUCCCUUCAUUGAGGAAUUACACCUUGAUGACAAUUCUGUGUCAGCUGUCAGCAUCGAAGAGGGUGCAUUCCGGGACAGCAAUCAUUUGAGAUUGCUUUUUCUGUCCCGGAACCACCUAAGCACCAUACCUUCCGGUUUGCCAAUGACCAUAGAGGAGCUUCGAUUUGAUGACAACCGCAUCUCAUCCAUCUCAGAGGCAUCACUGCAGGAUCUUAUUAACCUGAAGCGACUGGUUCUGGAUGGCAACCUCCUGAACAACAGGGGCAUCGGGGAGAUGGCCUUGGUGAAUUUAGUAAAUUUGACCGAGCUCUCAUUGGUACGAAACUCCCUGACGUCCCCACCUGCCAACUUGCCUGGCUCAAGUCUAGAGAAGCUAAAUCUUCAAGACAACCACAUCAAUCAUGUGCCACCAGGUGCCUUUGCUUUUCUGCGACAGCUGUACCGCUUGGAUUUGUCAGGCAACAACUUGAGCAGUCUGCCCAUGGGGGUAUUCGAGGACCUGGAUAACCUUACCCAACUGCUGUUGCGCAGCAACCCCUGGCAUUGCAACUGCAGGAUGAAGUGGGUCCGUGAUUGGCUGCGCACUCUUCCAUCUAAGGUCAAUGUGCGUGGCUUCAUGUGCCAGGGUCCCGAUAAAGUCAAAGGGAUGGCCAUCAAAGACUUAUCCACUGAGCUGUUUGGCUGCUCAGACACAGAGAUUCCAACCACAUAUGAGACCAGCACGGUCUCAAACACUUUGCCACCCUCUCGACCCCAGUGGCCCUCAUAUGUGACUAAAAGACCUGUGGUUAAGGGUGCAGAUCUGGGAAGAAACUAUCGUAGCACGACACCAUCUAGUCGUAAGAUCAUCACAAUAAGCGUCAAAUCAAGUAGCGCUGAGACAGUACACAUAUCUUGGAGAGUAUCUCAGCCCAUGACAGCCCUGAGGCUCAGUUGGCUAAAGCUGGGCCAUAGCCCUGCUUUCGGAUCCAUAACCGAGACCAUUGUCCAAGGGGAGAGAACAGAAUACCUGCUCACAGCUCUGGAGCCAGAAUCCUCUUAUCGCAUUUGCAUGGUUCCAAUGGAGACAAGUAACAUUUACCUGUCCGACGAGACACCUGUUUGCAUAGAGACAGAAACUGGUUCCCUGAAAGCCUACAAUCCCACCACAACCUUGAACAGAGAGCAGGAGAAAGAGCCUUACAAAAAUUCCAACCUGCCUUUAGCUGCAAUCAUCGGAGGGGCGGUGGCCCUUCUAGCCAUCAUCAUGUUGGCCCUGGUGUGCUGGUAUGUCCACAGGAACGGUUCCUUAUUUUCCAGGAACUGCACGUACAACAAAGGACGCAGACGGAAGGACGAUUAUGCAGAAGCUGGAACAAAAAAGGACAACUCCAUCUUGGAGAUUAGAGAGACCUCUUUUCAAAUGAUUCCCAUAAAUCACAUGCCUGUUUCCAAGGAGGAAUUUGUGAUACACACAAUUUUUCCUCCAAAUGGUUUAAGUCUUUACAAAAGUCCGCACAGCGAAAACAGCAUCAACAACAGAAGCUACAGAGACAGUGGAAUACCAGAUUCAGACUACUCUCAUUCAUGAUAGUGUGUGCGGAUUACAAAGACAUUUUAUUGCGAAUGAGUGACUUGGAGACUGCUUGGUCUUUUGCAAAAACACUGGAUUGAAAAGACUGAGAAAGCAUCGUUAUGUACAUUUGCCAUAUAAUUUAUAUUUAAGGACAAUUUAUUAAAAGGAGAAAAGGUUCUGAUUGCAGGCCAUCACUGAGCCAUCAGUGUAUGCUGCCACAAACUGCAAUUCUAUAUUUUAGAUAUUUGUAGUCAUUUGUACUGUACUUCCUUUACUUAUGGUUUUAGACCAAUUAAAAAAACGUUGUGCUCUACUGAGAUAUGAUGACUUGUCAACUGUGAAAGUGGGUUUUCAUUGCUGUGUUGAACAAUCAGAUUUUAGAAAACCAUGUAGUAUAAGCACAGGUCAAACUAUCGCUAUGUUGCUGUCAGUGAAAAAAAUACAACAAAAAACAAGACUGCGGGAAUAUAGGGCAUAGGUGAUCAAAGAAAAUACAGACACAAGUGUUUUGUUAACUCUAAGAAGCAGAGGCACAAACUCACUUUGGUGGUGUCACAGAAACCUCUAGGUUUCUCUAGGAAUCCUUAUUGCUCCUUCCAGAACAUUGCCAGGCUUUAAAAGAAAAAAUCCACUGCAACGUUUAGGAAACAGAUAUCUAUUACUUCCUCUCUGUCCUGGAAUAGGCAGCAACAUAGCACAGAAUCUUAAAUCCAUUGCAAAUUAAGCACACAGAUCUAAUGAAAGAUUAAUUUGCAGUAAGAUCAAAAGGGAUGGGCUAAAACAUAACAGAAAUCAAUAUUGCCUGUCCUGUAAAAGGGAAACAGCAUUUACCAUAUUCCUCAGUACAGUUAACCAAGUCAUGAAAACGUUGCCCUACAAAAUAAAUAUAUUGUGGGCAGAAAAAAAAUAUGGCAAAAAACACAUUUGGGCUCUUUUCUAUUUGGAAUAUGAAGUGUCAAUUAUUUUUUGUUCAUAUAAUUCUUAUUUGUAUUUUUUUUUUCUAAUUCAAGCCACUUUUGCGUUGCCACAGUUAAAUUGUUCUUUACAACUGAAGACCAAAGUGCAUUGAAUGCCCUUUGGCCAGUCUUGUAUGUGCCUUGAUCCAAUGCUUAUUGUAUUUAGCUUUUUCAACAAAAGAAAAAAAAUCAGUGACUUAACUUUUUUCAUACACACUUGAAUAUGAUAGGAUAUUGGUCAUAUUGCAAAUAAAAGUGGAUAAAACCUAAA